AUGGAGAAGAAUCAAGAACUUGAAUGGGUUGAAGCACAGAAGAUUGGCAUAAGCCAAGACCUUGUGGCUGCAGCCAAGCAGCAGCUAAAAUUUCUAGCAGCUGUCGAUAAGAAUCGCCACCUCUAUGAUGGCCCUGCCUUAGAGAGAGCCAUAUAUAGGUACAAAUAUUGUUGGCUUCCUUUACUAGCCAAACAUGCCGAGUCCCAGUUUCCAGAGUUCCCUUUGGUAGUGCCUCUUGAUUGUGAAUGGAUCUGGCAUUGUCACAGGCUCAAUCCGGUACGGUACAUGGUCGAUUGCAAGGAGCUGUUUGGGAGGAUCCUUGAUAAUCAAAAUGUUGUGUCCUCAGUACAGGGCAUUUCCAAACAACAAAGUGAAGAAAUCUGGAAGAUGAUGUAUCCAAACGAGUCGUAUGAGCUGAAUUGGACUGUCCACUUACAAAAUGCGGCUGAAAAUAUGUUGCCAGCAUCAGGAAGCACCAAUUAUGAUCUUGUUUCAGCUGUUAAAAGGCAAAGUCCUUUCUACUUUCAGGUAUCUACACCGAGUAUGAAUGAUGAUCUCUUCCUUGAAGGGGCUGUUGAAAGAUACAAGGGGUUCCUGUAUCUGAUCAAGAAAAAUACAGAGAGAAAUAUGAAGCGCUUCUGUGUUCCAACUUAUGACAUUGACCUUAUCUGGCACUCUCACCAAUUGCAUCCGAUAUCUUAUUGCAAGGAUCUGAUGGCAAUACUAGGCAAGGUACUAGAGCACGAUGACACAGAUUCUGAUAGAACUGAAGGGAAUAAGCUGGAUGUUGGAUUUACUGCAACCACAAAGCAGUGGGAAGAUACAUUUGGUUUGAGGUAUUGGAAGGCUGGGACAAUGUUUAGAGGCAGUGGCCCAUCUCCUCUCCUGAGCAAUAAAAGCCCUUUUAAGACUGUGACCAAGGAAAUAGUUCCCUCAAUUGAGUAUGACAAAAUAAUUUAUCUGCCAAGGAAAAUGCUCGUGGAGGUUUUCCUGGAGAUUGUGGGGGUAAGGAACUUACCAGCUGGUCAUACAGGCAGUCUCUUUGUCUAUUUCAGUAAGAAACAGCCAGAUGUGCUCUUCAACACCAAAAGAAGAUUAAGCAUUAUGUCUGAGCUAGGGAAGAAGCAAGUUGCAGCUCUCCGUUGUGAACCUACUGGAGAGCUGCUUUUUGAACUCAUGUCAUACUUGCCUUCUAGCUUGCACACUGAAAAUUCACUCAAAAUUUUGGGAACUACUUCAAUCGCGCUACAGGAGCUGCUGAACUCCAUUUCCAAACUCUCAGUUGAUAAAUGGUUUGACUUGGUAUCCAGUUCUGAAGUUGUAGGCUCCCAGCCAAUUACUCUGCGGGUUGCUGUCUCUGUCACUCCUCCAGUUCAAGCACCAUAUCUGGUGCACAUGGUUCGAGGGCACCCAUUAUCAAGCACUUCUUCCUUUCCACUUCCUGAAAGGUUUCAACAGGCCAAGAGUUGGACAUGUAUUGUAGAUGAGGCUGGCAACGAGGUCAUCAGUGUCCGAAUGAGUGGGGAUCCAAAGAAAUCAGAGGGGAAGAGCAGUUGUACUUCUAGAAAAGAAGUAAUUGGCGUAACAAGAUCUGGUAAAACAUGUCUUCUUGUGGAGUUGCUUGGAGAAGGAUGGUCUUUGAUGGGUUCCCAAUGGUCCUUUCAGCUUCAGAAGAAUGCUAGUGAAGAUGACAUUGCAUUUGAGCUUAUGGGCAGCAGAAAGAUAACGAUUUUUCAUGGAAGAAAACUGGCAUACGAAAUAGAGGAUUGCAAGAGGAAGGAAGAUGAAAGGGAUUUCAUGACAGUAGUAGAAUUCUCUGAUGAAGAUCCUUACGGAAAAGCAAUAGCUUUGCUUAACCUGAAAUCGGGUUUUCUCCGGGUAGAUACCAUUGUUUCUUCAUUUGCUUAUUUCAUUAACUCAAAUUUGAAGCUCCUCAGUAAAAUUGAAAUGCUUGAAUUUGUGUAUGAGAUGGAACAGGUUGAGGAACAAGGGUUUGUAUUGCCUGGAAUCACCCUGGCCUUCAUACUUUCCGACAUUUUACUGAAAGAAGGCUACGGUUCUUCAAAUUUGAAAAGAGAGAAAAUUAGAGAGGCUCAUGAAGCAAUGCCAGAAAAGGAUUGCCCAUGCAGUGGAGAAUGCAGCAAGAGAAAUGGAACUGUCCAAAAAGGCCUUUUGAGCAUAGAAUAUGGUGGCUGUGUCCAUGCAAGUACAAUGAAGAGCCACUGUUUUAGUGGGUUGACUGGAGCUAGUGCUUGCGGCGGGUCUGGUGGCUGUGGUGGCGGAUGUGGUGGCAGCUGUGGUGGUGUAACUUGUAGUGGCGGAGGUUGUGAAGGAGAAUGUUGA